AUGAGAUCAUCUCUUCUAACCCUUCCAAAAUCUUUUUUGGGGUUUAUGCCGCUAUACCUUGCAGUUGAGAUUGUCUUAGGUAUUUCCAUUCUAAACAAAUGCAGUGGUGCUUAUGGUAUUUUAGCAUUGUUCACGGGUCAUCCGUUGGAUUUUAUGCAAUGGAUAGCAUAUCUUUGGUCGGUAUUUACAUUAAUCGUAUUCUCACAAGGGCUGUAUUUGAUUCAUAAGCCAAACUUGCUGGUAUUUUCGCAAAUCUGCGUACUUUAUACAAUCGAUACCAUUUCCACUUGUUUUUUUACUCUAUGGUUUACCACGCAAUGGUUCACCUUGGAAGACACUGCUAAUAUUGAUGGAAAUAAUGCACUACAAAGUAACCCAAUAUCGACAGGUAAGCUGACAGAACGUGGUAUUGAUAUAAGUAAACAAAGUGCAACUGAAAGCUACGAAUAUACCAUGACUAUUUUAAUUACGUUGGUGUCAUUGAUAUUCAGGUUCUACUUUAACUUCAUUUUGGCAUCUUUUGUUCAAGAAUUGUUACACCACCCCAAAUAUUUAGUUGAUAGGGAUGACGUAGAACAAAACUUGAAAAACAAGCCUAUUUGGAAAAGACUGUGGGCUAAGAGCCAAAAAGGUUGUUAUAAGCUAUGUAAGAAUUUGUUAGAGUAA